UAACUGACACAGUACAGUUGAAGGACAUUCUGGCGCAAGAGAGAAGAUGAUACAGCCUUUGUUUGGUCUUGUGAUGGUGGAAAUGGCGUUGGUCAUGACGAUGUCGUUUGGGAGUCCGAUAAGGAAACUGGUGGUGAAAGGGCUUGACUUAUUGAAGCAGGGAAGAGGGCGGCUGGUCUCCAAGACGGUGGCGGCCACCAUGCUUGUGGUGUUUGGCUCAACACUUUAUACGUUAACCAACAUUCAAAAGCGCGUUCACGAGACCGGCGUUCUUGGCCAUACCGAUGAAGUUCUCAUCGCGCAGCGUCUCUUGGAAGCUUCUCUUAUGGGGUUCUGUCUAUUCCUUGGGUUGGUGAUAGACCGACUGCAUUACUAUAUAAGGGAGAUUACUGCUCUGAGGAGAAGUUUUGAACUACAAAAUAUGAACCACAAUCAUGAACAAUCCAAGCGCAGAAGGUGAGAAGAAACAAGGAAGUCGAAGGUUAAGUAGUAACUGGAAAAAAGGCAAAAUUAAUUAUCUAAUUCCAAAUUGCAUCACACACACACACACACACACACACACACACACACACACACACAGACACACACACCUUACUGCAAGUUUGUUAAUUAUUACUACAUGAAUAAAAGAGUGAUGUUGCACCAUGAAGUUCGCUUAUUUUAGCUGUUAUUUCACCGUUAAAGAAACGUAGUAAAUAUGUGUCCUUGCAAUUGGGUAAGAUAUGAUUAUUUUAUGAUGUGAACUGUGUUUCAUGAUUCUUUGAUAAAAAUAGUUAAAGUAAUUUGGAAGAUACUUAGCUCAAUAGUCAAGUUUCAUA